AUGCCAACCACCGGCCUUAUCGUAUGCAGCACACGUUCACCCCGUGCCGGGCUUCAAAUCAGCACCUUCAUCCACGAGACCAUCAAGCAAGCACAUCCGCAAGCAAGCAUCACAGUCAUUGACCUCGCAGAAUGGAACCUACCACUAUAUAAUGAGCCGGGGAUCCCGUCGCGUAUCACAUCAGCUGAGGGUUACGUUCACGAGCACACCAAGGCCUGGUCGCGGGAGAUUUCGCGCUACGAUUCAUUCAUCUUCGUCACCCCCCAGUACAACUGGGGAUACCCUGCGAGUCUCAAGAAUGCGAUCGACUAUCUCUUCAAUGAAUGGAAGGGAAAGCCGGCGAUGGUUGUCAGUUAUGGCGGUCAUGGGGGCGGCAAAGCCGCGGCGCAGUUGCAGCAGGUGCUGCAGGGAUUGAGAAUGGUGCCCCUGGAGAGCACGGUUGGAUUAACCUUUCCCGAGAAGGAGAUCAUGGUACGCGCCGCGAUGGGGGAGGAUCUGGGGUUGGGAGGAGAGGGAGGUUUCUGGGCAGGAGAGAAGGAAGCAAUCCAGGGCUUAUUCGGGGAAUUGGUGGGAGUAGUGGAGAAGUCGAGAUGA